AUGGAGGACGAAUUGAAAUGUUUAUUUUGCAAAGAAUUUUUUACAGAACCAAUACUUCUCAGUUGCGCACAUAGCUAUUGUCGUCGAUGUGUGGUACAGUGUCAACAACCGGUUUGUCAUAACGCAUCAACCAUAUCACCGCCACAUUCUCACAGCGGUACGACAACAUCCGGAACGGCACCAUUUACGCAUCUUCAUAAUACCACACCGUUAUCACUACCUUCAAGCAGCGGUGCUAGUGAUACAAUCUCAUUAUGCAUUUCGGAUCAGGAUAUUGAAAGCGACAAACUUUCGAUCAUAUCAGAAACUGAUAGUGGGGUUGUUGUCUCCGGUAGAAAUUCUCGACCACCAUCAUUAAUCGGUUCAGCAGCUGCACAUUCUUUUCCUUCCGGUUAUCUUGGUGGACAUCGUCUACCGUCUAUUUUAACACCGUCCACCUCAGGAUGGAUUGUUACCUGUAAAGCAUGCUAUAAACGAACAGUUUUUCCAGAUGAACAAACUGUUAUGCUAAUGCCUAUUAAUAAUGCACUUGUCAAUGUUAUCAAAAGGUAUCAUUCAGGUAAUCUAUCAGCUCGAGAUAAAAGUGGUAGUAGUGAACAGAUCUAUAAUUGCCAGCUAUGUGAUACCGAGGAACCAGCAAUAGCUAAUGUUUUCUGUGAACAAUGUGACAUUUACUACUGUCAAUCAUGCCAAAAUUCAUUACAUCCAGCUCGUGGACCUUUAGCUUCCCAUAAAUUGGUGCCACCAUCUGCAAGAAGGUCAUAUCGGACAGCGAUCGGUUUGCCAAAAGAUUCGAAAUGUCCAAAUCAUCCGCUUGAAAACCUCUCAAUGUACUGUAUGAUUUGUCGAUUAGCAGUCUGUUGUCAAUGUUUACAAGAAACGAAACAUUCCAAUCAUGAUGUGCAGAGUCUUGAUAAAAUUUGCAAAACACAAAAGGCUGAAUUAUCACAAAUUCUGCAACUUUUAAGUGAAAAAGCAAAACAUGCAACAGAAGAUAUUACUCGACUCAAGCAACUCAAUGAUGCUAUUUCUGUAAAUUGUUUUGAUUUUCAACAUAGAUUAACCGUACAGGUGGAUUCAUUGAUUGAACAGUUACAAGAGAGAAAGCAAAAGCUUUUGCAGUAUGUGGAAGAAGAAAAAGAAUUUAAGAGACGAAUAUUCAAAGAGCAAAUCGGACGUUGUACCACAAAAUUAUCAAAGACAACCGCUCUCAUACAAUUUUGCAUUGAAGUUCUCAAGGAACCUGAUCCAGCAACUUAUUUACAGGUAAGUAGCGCUUUGAUUAAUCGUGCCACAACGCAAGAAUUCCUAUGGCAUAAGGAGAUGCAGACGACACCGGAAGCGGAUCCGGAAUUUAUAUUAAACUUAGAUGUGAACAAUUUGCAGUAUGCCAUACAGACAUUAGAUUUUGCGCAAUUGAAAGCCCCAAAUGCGCCUUUAAUUGAAACGGCGGAAUGUGUUGCGGAAAAUAAUUCGGUAACUAUUGCGUGGAAAGCGCAAAAUGAUGAUUGCGCAAUUGAUGGUUAUAUAUUAGAGAUCGAUUCCGGUUCUGAUGAUGGAUUAUUCAAGGAAGUAUAUUGUGGCAGAGAUACGAUAUGUACAAUUGAUGGCUUACAUUUUAAUACAGUUUACAAUGCGCGUGUUAAAGCAUUUAAUGCAGCCGGAGAAAGCUCAUAUAGCGAUAUGAUAUGUCUUCAGACGGCUGGCGUGGCAUGGUUCCAAUUAAACAAAUCAGCUUCACAAAAUGAUUUAACAAUAUCCAAUGAAUGUAUGUCAGUAACCGGAACAACAAUGGAAUAUAGAACCCUAUGCGGAUCCAUUGCUUUCUCCCGCGGAAUACAUUACUGGGAAGUGACGGUAGAGCGUCAUGCAGGAAAUGCAGAUGUUGUGGUUGGCGUAGCGCAAAAUGCAUUCAAUCGUGGAAUUAUGCUUGGAAAAGAUUUACACGGUUGGUCAAUGUACAUCGAUGGUGAACGUUCGUGGUACUUGCAUAACGGAAUGCAUCAUAGUCGGAUUAUCGGUGGUAUUAGUGUUGGAUCGGUGAUCGGAAUACUACUAGAUUGUGAUAAGGGUACUCUUGCAUUCUUUGUCAACGAUACACGACGAAAUUAUGAAGGACAAUUAGUUGCAUUCCGGAAUAUGCCGCAUGGUUUGUAUUAUCCGGCGUUUAGUGUCAACUGUGAUACAUUGAUAACGGUACAUACCGGUUUACCUAUUCCGUCGAGCUCAGGAAGCAGUGAUUGCAGUGACACAUGA